AUGUUCCAUCUAUCGUCUUCAAAUGUCAGACAGGGAACUUCUGGCAAAAGAAUCAAGGCAAAGGCGCUGAAUGCGCACGUACUAGACUCCGGCGCGGUGGGCUUGAAGUCCAUCACUUCCUACCCAGGUCCUCUGGAGAAAACCGGUGCGCCGUUGCCUGUAUUCAAGGGUACGAAUCAGUCAACCACGCCCAUCUUGGGCAGACGUCGAAGCAGCACGUUGCCGAACCCAAGCAUUGAGACAACUCCCUUCUAUGAUGGCGCAGAAGCUCGAGAAACUUGCGUGGAUCUCUGUCCUUCAGCUUCGGGUCGCCAACCAAACAGGGACACCAACAGGAGCGCAGAAUCGGUUGCCGUCUCUGGGGCCUUGUCUGAAGGCGAUGAACCUAGUGACCGCCGGUCGCAAGCAUCGUCCGUUCGACAGCUCAGUGAGUUCCGAACGCCGAAAAGAAAAGGAAAAGCACACAUGCAUCUUGGCGCCCUACAGGUCGGAGGCGAACGAGAUAUCGUGCAAGAAUUUCGAUCACCCGGCGGCUGGGUUUCGGCUCGCAAGCGACCUGCCGAGCGUGUUCUCAGCCCUGUGUCAUAUCACCAGGGGCCUGAGAGAAAACGUUCAGUCAAAAGACACGUACCCAAAGAGCAGGACCACGACGAGCCGCAGAUCACCGAGCAGCGAGAUCCAGAUGUAUCUCAUGAUCCCCGUGGUCAAGAAAGCGACCUGAGAAGCUACGCCUCAAACACGUCAGACCAUGUCAAGACUCAUCACAGGCCCAUGGGACCCAUCGAGAAGAGGAGAAAGAUAGGACUGGCUCAGCUGGAGAAUCAACGGGAGGUGAAGAAAGAGAGACGCUCGGAAGAGUACGAGCACUGA